AUGACGCGGGCCCCACACGGUUGGGACGAUGCCGCGUGGCGGUACUUCAACGCGUACGUGGCCGUGCUCGACCGCGAGACGCGCGGCGGUCCGACGUCUCUCGACUCUGGUGGCGAGGUCGUCGUGAUGGAGCCGGACUGGCCCGGCUGGCGCGAGGUUGCGAGGUCGAGCAGCGUCAGGAACGCGUCCCCGCUGGCAGCACGCGACGCAGUGGUGGCGUGCCACUCGAUGUGGGAGAAGCACGUCGCGCCGUCGCAGGGCAGGGGCACGAAGCGCAAGGCCGGCGACCCGGGCGGCGUGGGCGCUGGCCGCGUGAGCACCGACCGCGGCGACAGCCAGGCCUCGCCGUUCCAGCUGGUCAGCCAGCUCGACUACUUCGGCACCAACCCGGAGCUCCUCGCGGCGACGCAGGCGCCGGUGCCGCAGUCCACGGGGCUCCUCUCUCAGCGGGGCCUCCAGCUGGCCACGCAGCAGGAGUGGAGUCAGGGAUUGCCUGCUGGGACACCCCCCCAGCUGGACGCGCCGCGGGAGGGGAGCGGCGCGGGGCCGGACGCGAACGAGCCAGGAGCGGACGGCGACGACCCGCUGCCGUCAGACAACCACAGGUCGAUCGUGUCUGCAGACGUGGGCAACGUCGUGCAGCUCAUGGCCUCCCAGAGGCUACCCAACGGGUGGUACGACUCCGCGUGCUUCGCCGUCACCCCGGAGCAGUGGCGGCGCGCUUGCCCGGCGAAGCCCCUCGCGCCGCUGCCCGCGCGCUACCGCGGCGACGCGGAGGCGGUCGCUGCGUGGAAGCUGACGGCGCACCGCAAGUUUGGCCGCCCGAUGCACCUCCCGCCGCUGUUCGAGGGGGCCCGCGCCGACACACCCGACGCCGCGUCGCCGGCGCAGCUGGAUGCACGUGCGCAGGCCGGCGACACCCCGGCGGCCGGCACGCCGCCGGUGGCGGCCUCUGAGGACCCCGGCACCGAUGGGCCCUCCAUCCCGCCGACGCAGCUGGACCCGAUCGCCGAGGCAGACGCACAGGACGACGUGCUCGGAGAGAGCGCUCUGAUCGAUAGCGAGGAGCGGUGCAAGGUGCUGGAGGUGCUGCAGGACGCACCGGCUGGGGCGAUUGUGUCGCCGUCGGGACCUAGCGUGGACUUCUCGGAUCUCGCGGCGCGCAUGAUCGGGCCGAUGUGGGACAGCGUGCUCCUGAAGAAUGAGAAGUCGGCGGGUCCAAAGCCCAUGAUGAUCCUGAAGUGGCCCGACGGCGUCACGGUGCGCAUGUCGAGGGAGGUGCUCAUGAGGCGCAUGGAGCUGCGAUCGGACGCGUUCGAGUUCCUGCUCAGCCGCAUGUCGCAAGACUGA